UAUCAGGUAUAAAACUGUGUAAUUCAACAACUGAAUGAUUAAAAUAAGAUUUUCUACCUUUAAACCUACCUUUAUCCAUAUGUUAUAUCUAUCAAUUGAUGGCCCCUAAAGAUUCCAAUGAAAUAAAUCAAUAAAUAAUGAUCACGACAAACCCUUUUCAAUGCUGCUGAAAGUAACUGUGAUGAAAAGCCAUUUGUUGCGUUUACAAACUCAUAAAUAUGCAAAAAUUGAUUACAUUUUUUUUGAUGGUUUAGAACAAUAGAUUUACAAGUUUAUUUGAAACAAAACAGGUAAAUGUUAAGAAGCUUUGACCUGCAGUACCUCUCAUGUCCAACGGGAGGAGCUGCUCUGCUGGGGCCUGUCAGACAGGGCUGAGGGCGGAAUCCUCCUGGGUUGCUGUUGCUAUGGAAACUGGUCGAUGGCAACAGCCUCCAGUGUGUCCUCCCUCCUCCUCUCUUCUCCUCUCCUCUCCUCCUCCUCUCACAGAGCAGAGGGAGCAGAGGUUCCGCUGCUGCUGCCGCUGUCACCCACAGAUGAUGAGACGCUACAAGAUGGCGGUGACGCGGCUCGUGUCUUGUCUCGUGCUGUGCUCGAGCCUCGGCCAAAUCCCAUCGUCAGUCGGGGUGACGCUUCGGACCACGGACAAGAUUGUGUGGGCGAAUGAGUUUGAGCCCAUCGAGUUGACCUGUUUAAUAGAGUCCAUUUCUACAAACAACCCGAGGAUUGAAUGGAAAAAGAUCAAAAACGGCGUUCCCAGUUAUGUUUACUUUCAAAACAAGAUAUCAGGCGACCUGGAGCACAGAGCUCAGCUCAGAGAACCGGCCAACAUCAUGAUCUUCAACACCACUCGCUCUGACACGGCGGAGUAUCGCUGCGAGGUGGCCGCCAUUGAUGAUCAAAGGGACUUUGAUGAGAUUCUUAUUAGUCUUGCAGUGAGAGUGAAACCGGUGGUGCCUCGGUGCAGCAUUCCAGAAUCUGUCACCGUGGGAACGACGACGGAGCUGCGAUGUCUGGAGAACGAGGGUUUCCCCGCUCCUCUGUACCGCUGGUUCCACAACAACGAGGAGCUUCCUCAGGAUCCUAAAAACAGCCCCAAGUUCGUCAACUCCUCGUACACCAUCAACCCCGACACUGGAGGUCUGAAAUUUCGUCGGGUGAGGAAGGAGGACGCGGGAGAGUAUUACUGCCAGGCCAAGAACGACGCGGGACACGCACAGUGUCCGCCGCAAACCAUGGAAGUCUAUGACGUCGACAUCCUCGGGAUUUUCCUCAAGUGCUUUGGCGCGGUGAUCGUUUUCUUCUGUGUGACCGCGUCCAUUUGUCAUUACCUCAGACGUGGAUGCUUCCACAAAAAAGGUCACAACGACAACAAUUAUAACUGGCCAGCUCAGCGUGACGGUGUUGACUACGGUGACGCAGACGAGGGCCACUUUCGCCACAAGAGUUCGUUCAUCAUUUGACGACCGAGAGAGAGAGCGAGAGAGAGAGAGAGAGAGAGAGGAGACAAGAUGGAACCGAGGCAAAAAACAAACACAAACUGUUAAGGUUAAACUUGCAACAAUGAGACGUAACAUGGCACAUGAUUCUCUGAUGCACAUCAAAAGCAAACCAACUUGCCAAAGUAAUUUUAAAAUCAUUUUGUAGCACAGUUUUCUCUUUUAUUUAUAAAAAAAAAAAUGUAUUUGGUUGGUAUUGAUUUCCAUUUGAAACAUUUGGUUUUUACUACGGAAGUUUUUUUCUGCCACUUUCUGAAAAAAAGGCAAGCACAACUGAGUCAUAAUUAUGAGACGCUAAGUCAUGAUAAUAAAAUGCUAAGUCAUAGUCUCUUACAAUUAUGAGACGCUGAGUCAUGGUAAUGAAAUGCUAAGUCAUAGUAUCUUAUAAUUUAUAACUUAAUAUCUCAUAUUUAUGACUUAGUAGAUCAUAUUUAUGACUUAAUGUCUCAUA